AUGUUACCGGAAUUUCCUGCACCGACGAUUACGGAGAAAAUAACGAAGAGAAUCAUCUUAUCACAAGUACAGAAAGUUUACGACCCUUUCGGAUUCGUCUGUCCCGUACUGUUAAAACUAAAAUUACUAUUGCAAGAUCUGUGGAAUAAAAACGUGGAUUGGGAUACAGAAAUAGACGACGACAUUAAGCACGAAUUUCUUAAAUGGGUUCAGCAACUAGGCCUCCUACGUAUGUUAAAGUUUCCACGAUGGAUUUUUGGAGAGGAGAGAAGUCACGACUCACUGUCCUUUCAUGUUUUUGUCGACGUCAGUAAAGACGCAUACGCGACGGCGAUCUUCGUACGAGUUGAAUCAAGCAUAGCAGUCGAGGUGCAUCUCGUAGAGGCUAAAUCUAGAGUAGCAUCCAAAGAGAAGAAGACCAUACCUCGUCUUGAAUUACUAGCAGCCUCCAUUGGAGCUAGGAUGAUGUGA